AUUAGAAAGGAAAGAUACUAGAAGUUUCAAAAAAAGGACACAAUCAAGGAAUUAGGAGCAAAAUCAAAUAUUUUGAGCGAAUGAAGUGAUACUGUAAGGAUCCGUGCAAAGUCAUCCCCAGAUGCAGUGGAUCACGAAAUAUCUGGGGCUUUUGAUUCCACAGAGGAGGAUGGGUUCAAAUUGUUUUGAUGAAGAACAACUUCAUGUGCUCGCAGUUGAUGAUAGUGUAGUUGAGAGGAAGUUCAUUGAGGCAUUGCUUAAGAAUUCUUCAUACAAAGUGACCACAGCAGAAGAUGGGCUAAGCGCUUUGGAAUACUUAGGCUUAACAGGAGACCCAAAACCAACUACGGUGAAAACCAAUGAUGCUAAGGUAAAUAUGAUAAUUACGGACUACUGUAUGCCUGGCAUGACAGGCUAUGAGCUUAUGAAGAAGGUUAAGGAAUCAUCAAGUUUUAAAGAGGUCCCAGUCAUCAUUAUGUCUUCAGAGAACGUUCCGACUCGCAUCAAGAAGUGCUUAGAUGACGGAGCCCAAGAUUUCAUAUUGAAGCCCAUUCAGCAGUCUGAUGUAAAGAGACUAAAAUGCCAUGUGCAGAAAUUUGAGAGCCCCUUCAAUGAAAUGCUAUGCCUUGGGAGAUAAACAACAAGUAUUUAUUGGCAAAGAUGACACUAAUAUUCCAUAAAUAAACAAUCUCCUAAUUUUGUCUCUAGCAAGUCUUAAGGGAGGAUGAUUUAUUUCUACCAAAUCUUACAUUUUGUUUCCAGUUUCAAUAAUGGUGACAAUGAACAGAUCAUGUGAAAUUUCUCAUUUGAUGUUCAUUUGAACUGCUACUUAUUAUGUGAUUAAGAAAAAUAAUUAA